UGCGCAUGCGCCUCGCCGCUCGUCGGCCCGGGGCGCGCUGUGCGCAUGCGCUACGGUGCUCUAUCUCCGCCCUCGUGUGUCCGCAGGCCCCCACCAUGAACACAGCGCAGGGCACCGUGGGCAGCGACCCCGUGAUCCUGGCGACCGCCGGCUACGACCACACAGUGCGGUUCUGGCAGGCGCACAGCGGGAUCUGCACCCGCACCGUCCAGCACCAAGACUCUCAAGUGAAUGCUCUGGAGAUCACCCCGGACCGCAGCAUGAUCGCUGCUGCAGGUUACCAGCACAUUCGGAUGUACGACCUGAACUCGAACAACCCCAACCCGGUCAUUAAUUACGAUGGCGUAAGCAAGAACAUCACCUCCGUCGGGUUUCACGAAGACGGCCGCUGGAUGUACACAGGAGGCGAGGACUGCAUGGCGAGGAUAUGGGACCUGAGGUCACGUAACCUUCAGUGCCAACGUAUUUUCCAAGUGAAUGCUCCUAUUAAUUGUGUCUGCUUGCAUCCUAACCAGGCUGAGCUAAUCGUCGGGGAUCAGAGUGGUGCUAUUCACAUCUGGGACCUGAAAACAGACCACAACGAGCAGCUGAUUCCCGAGCCAGAAGUUUCUGUCAAUUCAGUUCACAUCGACCCUGACGCCAGUUACAUGGCGGCUGUCAACAGUUCGGGGAACUGCUACGUCUGGAAUUUAACCGGUGGCAUCGGGGAGGAGGUGACUCAGCUCAUCCCUAAGACCAAGAUCCCAGCGCACAACCGCUAUGCCCUCCAGUGCAAGUUCAGCCCCGACUCCACGCUCUUAGCUACGUGCUCUGCAGACCAGACCUGUAAGAUCUGGAGGACUUCCAAUUUCUCACUAAUGACAGAACUGAGUAUCAAGAGUAACAACCCAGGGGAAACCUCUCGGGGCUGGAUGUGGGACUGUGCCUUCUCUGGGGACUCGCAGUAUAUCGUCACUGCUUCCUCGGAUAACUUGGCCCGGCUUUGGUGUGUGGAGACGGGCGAAAUCAAGAGGGAAUACAGCGGCCACCAGAAAGCUGUCGUCUGCCUCGCCUUCAAUGACAGUGUGUUGGGAUAGCAGGUGUGAGGACAGGCUUGAUGGAAGAUGGGCUUGGAUGGACUCAAGUGUACCCGGUUCAGCGGCUGACCAGUGGUGCAGGCAGCUGCAAAGCUUUAAGAAGCCCUACUCCUACAGUGUGGAACAAAGGUAUACCCUUGCCUAACAGCUGCUGAUCUAAAGGGCAUGGCCAAGGAGCACGAUUGUAAAUAAAAUGUACAUACUGACAAGGUC